AGUCCUGGUGAAAAGUAGACAAGGAGCGAGCUGGGAGUUCCGGUGCAGGUGGGAAGCGGUCGGCCCAGGGCGCCACUGGCGCAUGCGCAUUGGCGAGCCAAAGCCAGCACGGCGCAGUCGCCAUUGCAGGGUUUUCUUUGAAACCCACUUGAGGCCGAGGCCUGGUACAGCCUCACGGGCACAGUCACUGGGCGUCAUUGGCUCUGGCAUUGGGGCACUCACCCUCGCCCGACUCAGUCUGGACUGGCGGCGGCGGCGGCGGCGGCGGUGGAGGCGGUGUCAGGGGGCGGAUCUGUCCGGGGCGCCCUUUGUAUGUGAAGGCUGUUAUGCCUUUUUAGAAUGCUGUACUUUCCCAGGAGAGGAACAUGGAGGAGAUGGAAAUGAAUGAUGAAUCACAGAUAGUCAGGUCCCAGGAAUCACUGACAUUCCAGGAUGUGGCUGUGGACUUCACCAGAGAGGAAUGGGACCAGCUGUACCCUGCUCAAAAGAAACUCUACCGAGAUGUGAUGCUGGAAAACUACAGGAAUCUGGUCACACUGGGGCAUCAACUUUAUAAGCCAAAGGUGAUCACUCAGUUGGAGCAAGAAGAGCAGUGGAUGAUGGAAAGAGACAGCCCACUAGACAUUCAUCCAGAUGGGGAAAAUAAACCUGAAAUCAAAAAAUCAACUCCAAACCAGAAUAUUUCUGAUGAAAAUAAAACCCAUGACAUGAUAAUGGAGAGACUAGCAGGAGACAGUUUCUGGUACUCCAUCCUAGGAAGACUCUGGGAUUUUGAUUACCAGUUAGAGUUUAACCAAGAAAACCAACAGAGACAUUUAGGACAAGUAUCUUUAACCCCCAAAAAAAUCACACAGGAGAGAAGCCUUGAAUGUAAUAGAUUUGGGGAAAACUAUAAGAUGAACUCAGACCUUAUUAUGAAUCAGAGAACUUCUUCAAUUAAAAUACCCUUUAAUUCGGACACACAAGGAAACAGUAUCAAAUAUAAUUCAGAAUUGGUUGACUAUCAGGGAAACUAUAUAAGAGAGAAUAUUUAUGAUUAUAAUGAGUAUGGAAAUAUCUUCAGUCAACAUAUUAUUUUUACUAAUCAUAUUCAUGCAGAAGAGAAACCCAGUGAAUGUAAGGUGGCCUUCAGCCACAAUUCAUCUUUUACUCAACCUCAGAUAGUCCUUACAGGAGAGAAGCCCUAUAAGUGUGAUGAAUGUGGGAAAAGAUUCAGCCAGAGGAUACAUCUUAUUCAACAUCAGAGAAUUCAUACAGGAGAAAAACCUUUUAUAUGCAAUGGAUGUGGGAAAGCCUUCCGUCAACAUUCUUCUUUUACUCAACAUCUGAGAAUUCAUACUGGAGAGAAGCCCUAUAAAUGUAAUCAAUGUGGUAAAGCAUUUAGUCGUAUCACUUCCCUUACUGAACAUCAUAGACUGCAUACUGGAGAGAAACCUUAUGAAUGUAGUUUUUGCGGGAAAGCGUUUAGCCAGAGGACACAUCUUAAUCAGCAUGAGAGGACUCAUACAGGAGAGAAGCCCUAUAAAUGUAACGAAUGUGACAAAGCCUUUAGCCAGAGUGCACACCUUAAUCAACAUAGGAAAAUCCAUACUCGGGAGAAAUUAUGUGAAUAUAAUAAAUGUGAGAAAGCCUUAAGCCAUAGUCCUUCACUUACUCAGCAACAUGUAACUCAUGGUGGGGGAAUCAUAUGAAUAUAUAAAUGUAGGAAAAUUUUUGUCAGACCUUUCCAUCUCAUUCAAUAUCAAAUUAUUCAUGGUGGAGAGAAAAUGUAUAAACAAACGUUUAAUGCAUAGAAAACAAAUAAAGUUAGACCUUAAACUAGUAGCAUUUUUCCAAGGAGAAGUUAUAAAUAGUGAAAAUAAUUUAUAUCAUGAUAUAAAACUUAUUGUAAUGACCAGAAAUUCUGUUGGCAGAACCUAUAAUUGUUCACCAGUAAGUUUUAUGGUACAAGUUUUUAAUUAUAGAAACAUUGAUUAAGCAAGGCAAUGAUGUAAUGUAACCAGUCACAUAAACUUGAAAUAAACAGAAAAGAACAUUUCUCAAACUUCA